ACCGUAUUUGUCGACUGAAAAUAUCUCGACACUAGGGUUUGGAGAGAGCUCAACCUAGUUCUUCUUCUCAGAUUCUGUUACAGCUUCUCCUUCUAUCUUUCCCAAUCAUCUGAGUUAUGGGCAAGUCUAGUAAAAAGGUUGACGCUGCUCCCGCUAUAGCUGUCGCCGCCAAGCCGGCUAAGAAAGGAGGCAAAAGGCAGGCUGAAGAAGUUUUGGAGAAGGUUGUUGCUUCGAAGAAGCAGAAGAAGGAAGAAGUUGUGCCACAGGUAGUUCAGAAGGAGAAAUCUAAAGUGAAGACCCAGAAGAAGAAGAAGGAGGAAACAAGUAGUUCUGAAGAUGACUCUUCCUCUGAGGAAGAACAGAAGGUUACUGUAACAAAAAAGGUUACCCCAGCUAAGCCCCCUGUGGAUGAAUCAAGCAGUGACGAAUCCUCUUCAUCUGAUGAUGAGCCUACUCCAGCAAAGAAGCAAGCACCCCUUAAAAAUGGGAAUGCUGCUGCUGCUGUGAAGAAAGGUAAAGUGGAGAGUGAGAGUUCUGAUUCUGAUUCAUCAGAAGAUGAGAAGCCUGCUACCAAGAAAGGACAAGCAGCUGCAAAAAAGGGUGCCGCUGCUGUGCCUGCCACAAAACCAAAAGUAGCUGAGAGCAGCAGCGAUGACUCUUCUGAGGAGGAUUCUGAUUCAGAUGAGGAACCUGCUGCCAAAACGGCUGUUUCUGCAAAGCAACCUGUUGUUGCAAAGAAUGGGUCUACUAAGGCUGCUUCUAAGAAAGCAAAUGCAAGUGAAAGCAGUAGCUCAGAUGACAGUGAUUCUGAUGAAGAGGAGGCUGCUCCUGCUAAAGUAGCUGCUGUCAGGACUGCGCCUGCACAAGCUGCAAAGAAAAAAGAUGCUUCAAGUGAGAGCUCUGAAGAUAGUGAUUCUGAUGAGUCAUCUGAUGAAGACGAGAAGGCUGCAGCUGCCCCAAAGAAGGGUACUGCCCCUGCUGUCCAAAAGAAAGCUGAAUCAAGUGAUAGCUCCGAGUCUGAUAGUGAUUCUGAUGAAGACAAGCCUGCUGUAGUCAAGCCAGUUGUUGCUACAAAAGCUAAAGAAUCAAAGGAUGCUAUGGAUGUUGACAAAGAUAGCAGUGAUGAAGAUGAUAGCUCUGACGAAAGUGAAGAUGAACCUGCUGAUACAAAGAGUAAGGUGACUUCUAAAAAGCAAAGCAGCAGCAGUGAAGAAGACAAUGAAAGUUCUGACGAUGAGAGUGAAGAUGAAAAGCCUGCAAAGACACCUGCGAAAAAGGAUGUUGUGAUGGCUGAUGCUCCGAAGGAGCCCAAGACACCUGUUACUCCUAAUGAGUCUGCUGAAGCUUGUACGCUCUUUGUUGGCAAUUUAUCUUUUGAUAUUGAAAGAGCUGAUGUGGAAAAUUUCUUCAAGGAUUGUGGGGAGGUCACAGAUGUUCGUUUUGCUAUGGAUGCUGAGGGAAAUUUCAGGGGGUAUGGACAUAUUGAUUUUUCUACAUCUGAGGAAGCAAAGAAGGCUCUUGAGAUGAAGAAUGGGGAGUCUUUGAAUGGUAGAGGCGUUAGACUUGAUCUUGCUCGUCCAAGGGGCGAAAGGCAAACUCCAUAUAGCGGCAAAGAUAACAACAGCUCAUUCCAGAAGGGCGGAAGAGGUCAAGGCCAGAAGGUAUUUGUUCGGGGGUUCAACACAUCACGUGAGGAGGAUGAGAUUAAGAAUUCUCUAUCUGAGCAUUUCAGCUCUUGUGGUGAAGUGACGUUUAUCAAGCUUCCAAAAGAUUAUGAAACUGGAGCCUUCAAAGGAAUGGCCUUUGUUGAGUUCUCUGAUACCGACUCUAUGAACAAAGCUUUGGAACUUGACGGGAGUGAUCUUGGAGGUGACUAUUUGACUGUGCAGGAGGCCAAACCUAAACCAGAUGGUGAUGGCUUCAGUGGUGGUGGUAGAGGCUAUGGAAGCGGAGGUGGUGGUAGGAGCUUUGGUGGCGGCCGAGGUGGAAGAGGAUUUGGUGGUGGACGAGGUGGUGGAAGGGACUUCGGUGGUAGAAGUGGUGGAAGAGAUUCAGGUGGCCGUUUUGGUGGUCGACGUGGUGGUGGGAGAGGUGGUGACAGAGGACGUGGAAGGUCCAGUUUUACUCCUUCAGGUAAGAAGACUACCUUCAAUGAUGAUGAAUAGACCAGUUAAACCCGGAAGAGAAGGAAGCUACCAUGGCCCAUGGGUGUUUUUACCCAUCCUCGAUAGGAAGAAUUAUCAGUAUUGCUCGUGGCAGAGUAUAAAAUUUUGUUUCCGUAUGCACAACAAUGCUUUUGUUUUAGUUUUUGGGUUUGUGAACUCUUGAGAUCGUUGUUGUUACCUUAUAUAGUUCGUUCAAAUAUUUAUGUUAAUGACGCUUGAUAUGUUUUUUUCCAUUCUAGUUUUCAGAUGGCAAUAUCAGGCGUCUCUAAACAGAAUAUUUAGAGGUCGUUUGUUUGCUUGUAGGAUUUAAAUUGUUUGUAGGAUUUAAAAAAAAAUAAAGGAUUUAGAUAAAAUCUUGGAUUUGAAAAAAUGAAGGAUUUAGAUAAAUUUGGUUUAGGCAUUGCAACUACAUACCCAUAUAUUAUGCAAACCAAUGUAAUGGAUUGUAAUAGUCCAUCAUUAUUAUAUGUAAACUCGGCCAAUCAAGGUACUCCCAAGUCCUACUUAAUUCUCUCUUUUGUUCUGUUAAGUUGCAUCUUAUUUCGCAUGUUGCAAAUUUGGGAUUCAUGGGUGGCUAUCUUACAAUACCAAUAGCAAUUUGAUUGAUUUUACUUUUCUCCACUACUCUGUAACUCCUUAGUUUUCACCAUCCAUCAUCAUACAGUUGUAUAAUUUUUCCAACCCCAAAUGCAUUAAUUCCCACCGCAUCAUUUUACCUUCACCCUAAGUUGCUUUUCAAAUUAUGUUGGCCUUUUUGCUGCAGAAUAGGUGCAUGACUCAAAUAUGUAUAUUUGUUACCUCUUCUUUCCUCUAAUUUGAGAUUUAGUGGCACAAGGCUAUGAAACGUCUCAUGAUGUUAUUAGUAGUAUUACAAACCGUAUGACAUAAUUACAAAGCUAUGUAAUUCAUCACGAUCAUAGUAAAAUUACCUCUCAAGUUCAAGUAAUUUCAGAAGGAGACCUUGCUGUGUUUGGUUAAGAGCUUUGCACCUAGAAGGUAGACAGAUGGUUGAAUUAUUCGUAAUUGGGUACUAAGCAAUAAAAUUUGUACCUAGCUUCGGAUGGUACCUCCUAUUAAUGGAGGGCCUAGCUAUUUAGAUAACAAAUAUACUAACAAUAUGCAUAUUCAUAUAAAAAAGAAGCCAAUAUCAAACGACACAAAACCAAAGGUGAAAUGAAAAAAAUAACCUGUCAAAUAUUAUAACCAUUAGAGGUGACAAUUGGAUCGGAUUCGUGGAUUGGAUUGAUGGAUCCAUGGAUCAAAUGGAUUGGAUCCAAUGGAUUGGUGGAUUGAUCCAUGAAUCCAAAUGAGAUCAAAGGCUUGGACCAAAAUGUAAAAUUUGUAAAGUUUUGGUACUAAAAUAUCAUCAUGAAAAAUUUUGGGUACCAAAAUGUAAUUUUUCAAUGAUAUUUUUCGUAUAAAAAUAUAAAUUUUUGGUGCCAAAAUGUAAAAUAUAAAAAAUAUAGGUAUCAAAUCGUAAUUUGCCAUUUCGAUCCAUGGAUUGAUCCAUGAAUCUACCAAUCCAAUUGGAUUUGGAUCAAAUGGAUUGGAUUAGGUGGGAUAAUUUGGUGGAUGGAUUGGAUUGGAUUCAUGGAUUUGGAUUCUAAUUGCCACCUCUAAUAACCAUCAAUCCCGGUCAAAGGUCGGGUCCAAAGCUAGUAGAUAAUAAAGACAAAAUAGGAAU